GUGAAUAGCCCCACAACUGCCCUAUCUCUCGCAAGAGAAAAAAACCCCAUCAGUCGCUGCUCCCAACCUCACAGCCUCCCAGCCAGCCAGCCAGCUCCGCCUGUAAGCUGGGUCCGACCAUCGCUCUCGCUUGCCCGCGUGCUCGUUCGCUCCUGCCUCCUGCGCCGACCGUCACUUCCCUCGCCCCGUACCACAACGUCGCUCUACCGUGUCGCGCCUUCCCUGCUCGUCACUCGAAGCGAGGACGCCUCAGCGCCACUGUCACCUGGCUGCCCUCGCCUCUUGCCUGCCCUCCUCUUGCCCUCCCACCCCGGCGCAUCUCGUAGAACCACACUCGACUAG